AUGAGAACAAUAAUGGUAGAAAUGCAAUGGAAUGACAGAAAAUUUUCAUGUGAAGAACACGUUGACGCCCAUUUCUAUCAUGAUAAUAAUAAUAAUAAUAAUAAUAAUAAUAAUAAUAAUAAUAAUAAUAAUCGUAAUAAUUACAAUUGCGAUAAUGAUGAUGAUGAUGACGAUGUGAAUAAGUUGAAAUUAAGGAAUGAAUGA